AUGACAUCCGCCGAAGAUGAUAUCGACCUUGACCGAUACUUUUCACAAUCGGAAAAGCAACUAGAAAUCGAACGUGUUUUAUCUUGCUUCAAAUUGGACCCCUUUUCCGUUCUUGAGCUGCCGUAUACCAAACCCGAUGCGAAAUCCAUCAAGAUGGCUUACCGAAAGAAAUCACUCAUGAUCCACCCUGAUAAAGUUAAACAUGAACGCGCCGAAGAAGCAUUUGCUAUGCUGAAGAAAGCAGAAUCAGAGCUCAACGAUGAGCAACGGCUCAAGUACCUUUUGGGUAUCGUAGAAGAAGCCAAAUUCGAAGCUUUACGCGCCAAUGGAUAUAAAGUCAAAACCCAACCUCCUCCUGCUGAGAAAGAAGGCGAGAAAAAUGCAUCUUCUGACGCAAAUUCAUCGAUCGAUGCCGAUUCCAAUGCCUUCCUGAAAACGUCAGAAGGUCAAGAGGCAGUGCGCAAACAGCUGAAGAAUAUCUUGAUCGAAAUGGAAUUACGAAGACGACGUCUUUUGAAGAAGGAAUUGGAGGCUGAAGGUAAGUCCAUGAGGGUUUAG